AUGGUCAAAGGCAAGCCGGGCUCUUCGCCGCUGCUGCGGCCCGACGGCGACGCUGUGUCGCUGCACUCGACACACGGUAGUAGCAGCCACGCCGCCUUCCUCGAUGCCGACGAAGAUGCACCCGAGCUGUUCCUCGACGGCGACGACAUGCCGCCGCUGUACACGGACGUCGUCAGCGGGAACGUGGACGACUCGGCGGUGAAUGCCGAAACCGAGGGCAGCUCGGCGGCUGGCGGCAGGUCUGCCGGCGCACCGAGCAACGGGCGCUUUCGCUACCCGUCCUACGUGGAGGGCGAGCCCCAAAAGUGGCGCUACGACAUUGGCCACUUUGGCACAGAGGACCCUGCACAGGCGCUGGCCACUGCCGCCACGCACUGGGCCCAGGCACCGCCCCGGCCGUACGUGCAGCUGGUCGGCAAGCACAAGCAGACCGUGGACCACAACGGCAAGAAGGAGACGCGGGACGUGGUCGACUUUGACGUCAAGGUCGAGCUGACGCCGUACCUGUUUUCCGACGCCGUGACGUACAAGUCGUGGCGGACGCUGCGGACGCCGGAGAACCGCGAUAAGGUCCGGCGUGGCACCGUGUUCCGGUGUCAGGCACCGGCUGCCUCGGGGCCCCCGCGUCUGCCCGAGGACCCGGAGAGCAACGCCGCCGUCGCCGCCGACGGUGACGACGACAAGCCAACGUUAGAGGACUGGUGCCGUCGCUACACAGAGGACCCCGCCAAGCUGCGGUCGUUCACGCUCGAGCGCCGGAUGGUGGGCUUUGACUACAAAAAGGUGCAAACGCAGAUGGAGUCGCUGGUGCGCCGCACCAACUACCGCGGCCACCUGGCCGUCACCUUCCCUACGGACGAGGUCGGCUUGGUCAUGUACAGCGACCACCGCUUCAACCGGUGGCGCAUGAUGAAGUGGGUGCAGGCGUUGUGCGUGCUGACACUCAUGGUCCUCUUUACAUGGCCAUAUCUGUUUUUCGCCACCAAGAGCUACGAGGUCGUGACGGUGGACUGGCCCUUCUCGCGGACCACGCCCGAGGGCCGCAAGGAGUAUGUGAGCCUGAGUGAGGACCAGUGGUACAACAUGUGGGCGCGUGCCAUCACCAAGGCCGUGCUGGGCAAGCGGCAGGGCACCUUGGACCAAGACGAUCUCCGGCAGGCCGAGGGCGCGGAGCCGACCUUUGAGUCGACGGGCAAUUCGACCGUUGACGGUGCGCUCGGCUUUGUGCGUGCAGGCAUUACUGCCAUGAACAGUGUGAACCGGCAGCUCGGCUGGGGUGGGGACUGUUAG